AUGGCCACCAACAUCACUUUCCACGAGGGCGCCGUGACCCAGGACGAGCGCGCCAAGCUCCUCAAGCAGCAAGGAGCUACCAUCUGGCUCACUGGUCUCUCCGCCUCCGGCAAAUCCACCAUUGCCACCGCGCUGGAACAGCACCUCCUGCACAAGGGCCUGCACGCUUAUCGGCUGGACGGGGACAACAUCCGGUUUGGGCUCAACAAGGAUUUGGGGUUUGAUCCUGCUUCGCGUGUGGAGAACAUUCGCCGGAUAGGAGAAGUCUCGCUGCUCUUCUCGGAAUCCUGCGCUCUUACCGUCACCGCUUUCAUCUCCCCCUACGUCUCGGACCGUCAGCUCGCUCGGGAGCUGCACGAGAAGCACAAGCCUGGACCGAUCCCGUUCAUUGAGGUGUUUGUGGAUGCGCCGUUGAGCGUGGUAGAGUCGAGGGAUCCCAAGGGACUUUACAAGAAGGCCAGGGCUGGGGAGAUUAAGGAGUUCACGGGGAUCUCAGCACCGUACGAGGCCCCACCAAACCCCGAGAUCCACAUCCGGACGGACGAGGUGGACGUUGCUGGAGCUGUUGCGCAGAUCGUCGAGUACCUCGAGAAGAAGGGCUUGACCUCGGCGUAA